UUCUAAGCUUGAUUCAACAAAAGGAACACCAACAUCUUCAUCAUCAUCAUCAUCUUCUUCUUCAUCACCAUCAUUAUCAUCGUCAUCACCAUUAUCAACAUCGACGACAUACAAUCAACCGAUCAAUAAUAUUAUUAUACAAGAAUUAUUAAAACAAUCCAACAACAACAUAUUACAACGUUUGGAUGGUCAACAAUUUAUCAAUAUAUUUGAUCGAUUAAUGGAUGGUGAGCUUACAAGGAUUAUUGAACAAAUCAAAUCUAAAAAUAACAAAUUCAAUUUGAUAACACCGAACAAAUUGACAGCCAAGCAAUAUAUUAGUAUUUUGGAUAAUUAUAGUUCCGGUGAGGUUAGUGCACGUUUAGCAUCCAUUUUUUCAUCAUCGCCAUCAUUAUUAUCGUUGAAUAAUGUUGUUGGUGGUGGUAGUGGUAGACGUAAUCGUCGAUCAUCAUUUGAUUCAAUGACAGGUUUAUCGAUCGGUUAUUCUAAACGAAGAUUCGAUCCAAUGAUUGGUUUAUUACCAACCAAACGUGGAAUGAAUUUCGAUGAAAUGGAUCAUUCUGGUUUUGCUGGUUUUGCUAAACGUGGUAUAGUUGAUUUUGAUGAAAUGGAUCAUUCAGGUUUUGCUGGCUUUAAUAAACGUCGUUCAGCCGAUUUUGAUGAAAUGGAUCAUUCAGGAUUUGCUGGUUUUUCUAAACGUCGUAAUUUUGAUGAAAUGGAUCAUUCGGGUUUUGCUGGUUUUGCUAAACGUUUUAAUGAUUUUGAUGAAAUUGAUCGCAGUGGUUUUAAUGGUUUUGCUAAACUUAUUGUUGGUUUAACACCAUAA